AGGAAGUCGCCUGUGCACCGUUGAUAGAAGCAGGAACCUUCAGCAACGUGGGGAAUUGCACCAGCAGCAGUGGCGAAAAUGGGGUUUCGACGACGUUCUCUUUCACGUGGAGCGGAAUCUCGAGGAGACUGUUGGGAGAAGAAGAAGAAGUUGGAGAUCUUCAGCAAUUAUCUCAAGAACACAAAGGCACCUCCGGGAAGAUGAAUAAAAAGGGGAAAGACAUCAAAGGCAAAAAAGGAAAGCAACAAGAUCCACCACCUUCUGCAACAAGGCGGCAACUGGCGCAAACAACGGCAUCUGCAACCACUGUUUUCACGAUCAUCGCACCCCAAGCCUCUGCGAACUCGAUUUUGACCAGUUUCCAAGCCGCGACGAACGAC